UGUUCGAUCAUCCCAACAUUUGUGGAGGGGGCGAUUCUAUCUAAAAGCUAUUUUAAGUAACUCCAAAUGUCGGAAGUUAUAACUCUGCGAGGACAGCCCAAAGUCGCGAUCCAGCAUAAAAUGAACAGUGCAAUCCUACCUUCGCUUCACAGUCUUCCCAUUUUCAGUAGCAGGACAUACCUAUGAUGACACCUUCUUGGAGUUACACUCUUCCUAUUGCCACUCUAUUCCUUCUGAAUGGGGCUCGUGCAGCGCUGCAACUUCCGCCUCCGAUGCCAAAGGCUUGGCCGGCGCUUGAUCAGACUGUAAUGAUUGAUGGCGCACUAUUACAAGAUCCCCUGGUGACAGAGGCCCUUGCACAUGUGCAGACCGUCGUGCCAGCUUCGAUUCUCAAUCUUAAGCCUUCGACCUACAUUAGUGGGUCUACCGUCACCUAUCUGGAAGAUAGUGCGGCUACCUGCUACUGGCCAGCAAAUCAGUGCACUCGAGGCACCAAUGCGAACUUCAAACCGGAUAUUGUCACUUGCCCCUCGGCGAACACCUGGGGUAUCACCUAUGAUGAUGGUCCGACUGUGAACCUCGUCAAUGGAGCGCACAAGAGUGAUACUGGCGAGAUUCGUACUACACUUGACAAAAUGGGAUUGAAGGCGACGUUUUUUGUUUGUGGGACGGGCGUUAGGACAUAUCCGAGUGAGGUCAAGGCGUCCUACGACAGUGGACAUCAAAUUGCGUCUCAUACUUGGACGCAUCAUCCUUUGACGAGUUUGACAAAUGCGCAAAUUGUGGCCGAGUUAAAGUACACUGAAGCCGCCAUUUACCAAGCCAUUGGCCAGGUUCCGACCCAUUUCCGUCCUCCCUAUGGAGACAUUGAUGACCGCGUACGCGCUAUUGUCGAUGCACUCGGCUACCGGACCGUCCUCUGGACCACCAACCCUGUCCGGGAUAGCGAAGAUGCUUCCGUGACUCCCAGCACGGCAGCUGGUACCCAGGUGCUCAAUACGGUGAAGACAUGGGGUGUGGCACAACCCGGUUUCAUCUCUUUGGAACAUGAUAUCACGACAUUCACGAGCAGUGUUGCUGUGGAUGUAUUGAAUUGGGUUGCAUCUGUUGGUGCUUCCUUCCCAUUGAAGAUCCAACCUAUCAAUCAGUGUAUCGGCGAAAGUGGUUACUGGGCGGCAGCAGCAUCCACUACUUCUACCAGUAGUUCGUCGACAUUGACAUCUUCUGGUUCUACCAAGACCACCACGGCCACGGCAACUGGUACAACCAGCGGUAAACCAGCUCCGACAGCUACCGCUACAGCACCCGCCGAACAGCAGAAGUCGUCAGCUGGAAGCAUCCGCAACUACGUCUCUGAAUUGUUCUUGGGUGCAUUGGUUGCAUUGGGUGUCCAGCUUUUCUAGCCUUAAUGAGGUAGGUUCUCAUAUCUCCCUAGACACGUUAGUCUACAUUUAUUGCCUGCGUGGGCGAGCGAGCACGUCAAUAUAUAUUCCUACAAUAA